AUGUCGUCAAUGAAAGGUCUGGUGCAAUUCAUCGCGGACCUGCGCAACGCGCGGGCGCGAGAAUUGGAGGAGAAGCGCGUGAACAAAGAGCUGGCCAACAUCCGACAGAAGUUCAAGGCCGGCAAUCUCAACGGAUAUCAGAAGAAGAAAUACGUGUGCAAGCUCCUUUACGUCUAUAUCCAGGGCUACGAUGUCGACUUUGGCCAUCUCGAAGCCGUCAACCUUAUCUCCUCGACCAAAUACUCAGAGAAGCAGAUCGGUUAUCUCGCUGUCACCUUAUUCCUACACGAAGAACACGAGUUGCUCCACUUGGUUGUUAAUAGUAUCCGGAAGGACUUGAUGGAUAAUAGUGAACUGAACAUCUGUUUGGCAUUGCAUGCAGUAGCCAAUGUUGGUGGCCGGGAGCUGGGAGAAGCAUUGGGCAACGAGGUCCACCGGCUCUUGAUUUCUCCCACCUCGAAAGCCUUUGUCAAGAAGAAGGCCGCGCUUACCCUGCUUCGUCUCUAUCGCAAAUACCCCGGAAUUGUGCGGAACGAAUGGGCCGAAAGAAUUAUCUCGAUUAUGGACGACCCAGACAUGGGUGUGACCUUGUCUGUCACCUCGCUAGUCAUGGCGUUGGCUCAAGACAUGCCUGAAGAGUACAAGGGCAGUUAUGUCAAAGCUGCGCAGCGGUUGAAGCGGAUCGUGGUUGACAAUGACAUUGCACCGGACUACCUUUAUUACCGAGUGCCAUGUCCGUGGAUUCAAGUCAAGUUUCUGCGCCUGUUGCAAUAUUAUCCUCCAUCAGAUGAUAGUCAUGUCCGUGGAAUUAUCCGAGAAUCUCUUCGGCAGAUCAUGCAGGCUGCGAUGGAAACUCCUAAGAACGUCCAGCAGAACAAUGCACAAAAUGCAAUCUUAUUCGAAGCCAUUAACCUUCUCAUUCAUCUCGACUCGGAACACACCUUGAUGAUGCAAAUCUCCUCUCGUCUGGGCAAAUACAUCCAAUCUCGCGAAACCAACGUCCGAUAUCUUGGUCUGGAUGCGCUGACCCACUUUGCUGCGCGGGCCGAAACCCUUGAUCCAAUUAAGAAGCACCAGAACAUCAUCCUGGGUUCCUUACGAGACCGAGAUAUUAGUGUUCGUCGCAAGGGUUUGGAUCUCCUGUACAGCAUGUGCGAUACCACCAACGCCGGUCCUAUUGUCAACGAGCUUCUUCGCUACCUCCAAACAGCUGAUUAUGCUAUUCGAGAGGAGAUGGUCUUGAAGGUGGCCAUCCUGACAGAGAAAUAUGCCACCGACGCCCAGUGGUACAUUGAUAUGACCUUGAAGCUUUUGUCACUGGCGGGUGACCACGUCAACGACGAAGUGUGGCAACGAGUCAUUCAAAUUGUGACCAACAACGAAGAGUUACAGGCAUAUGCAGCCCACACACUCUUCGGCUACAUGAAGACCGACUGUCAUGAGAGUUUGGUGAAAAUUGGUUGUUAUGUUCUCGGCGAGUUUGGCCACCUUAUCGCCGACAAUCCCGGUUCAAGCCCCAUUGAACAAUUCUUGGCACUGCAGGCCAAGAUGUUUACUGGAUCCGACAACGCAAGAGCCAUGAUUCUCUCGUCGUUUGUCAAGUUUGUAAACUUGUUCCCUGAGAUCAAACCGCAGCUCCUCCAGAUCUUCCGUUUGUACAGCCAUUCCCCUGACUCUGAGUUGCAACAGCGAGCAUUCGAGUAUCUAUCGUUGGCGACACUUCCGACUGAUAACUUGUUGCGUACUGUGUGCGAUGAAAUGCCGCCUUUCUCAGAGCGAACUUCGAUUCUUUUGUCACGUCUUCAUCAGAAGACAGCUGGCACUAGCGAGAGAAAGACGUGGGUGGUUGGUGGCAAGGCUGCGAAUGCCGACAAGCAGGAGGUUCUUAUGGCACAGACCACUGGUCUCAAGCGUUCAUUCACCACCAUCGUUCAUGGUACACGAACUGGAACCGGAACUGGACCUGGAUCUAAUGGCAGCACUCCAACUAGUGCAACAAGUGCAUCUGGUGACCUGGCAGGAUUGGACUUCAACAGUGGCCCGCCAGCUCCUCCUCCAAACCUUGCCAGCGCGGCUCAUCUGACACCAGAAUGGGACAUUGGCUAUAACAAGCUUUACUUCUCACAAGAGGGUGUUCUAUUCCAGGACGCUCAGAUCCAAGUUGGCUUGCGAUCGGAAUACCGCGGCCAUAUGGGCGUUGUUAAGCUUUACAUCUCCAACAAAUCAACAUACCCCAUUGGAUCGUUGACUACGACCAUUGACAACCCCGCCUCACCAAACCUAAAGAUUGACAGCAAAAAUCUGCCCGAAUCAACUGUUGCGGCAUCUGGCCAGACACAGCAGACGUUCUUCUGUGCAGCACACGGCCCCUUCUCCGAUGCUCCCACUAUCCGUAUUUCCUACCUGGCCGGUGCCCUCCAGGCUUACACUCUCCAAUUGCCCGUUUUGAUGCAUCGAUACAUGGAGCCCUCGUCUCUUUCCGCUGAAGACUUCUUCCAACGUUGGAGGCAGAUUGGCGGUGGGCCUCUGGAGUCCCAGAAGACCUUUGGACUGAGUGGAAAGAAAAAGAUAAUUAAUGAGGCCUACACCAGGAGAGUUGUGGAAGGAUUCCAAUGGAAGAUCCUGGAUGGCGUGGAUCCAAACAGCAAUAAUAUUGUGGGCUGCGCAGUGUACCAGUUCGAAACAGGCAAGAUAGGCUGCCUAUUGCGCCUAGAGCCAAAUUACGAGAAGUCGAUGUAUCGUGUUACAAUUCGUGCUACACAAGAAGGUGUUCCGCAGUCACUGGCAAAGCAGAUGGAGCAGAAGCUCAGCCAGGGAAUCAAGACCGGGGAUGUUGGACCUGGGUCUUACGACUAG